CAUAAAGCAGUGGUAUCGUCCACUCCCCCGGAAAACGCCGGGCGACAGCCAAAACCCCUGCGAAAGAGAAGAAGUGGAGCAGAUUUAUCAGCCCACAACUAACUGUAGAAAGAACAAUCCGGGCCAGACAGCGGUACAACAUCAGGAACACUGGACAAGCUUAAUCACUUAGAUCUUAAUGGACAAGGCAGUCGUAGGUACACAGCCCAGCUAGUGAAGCCUAUUAAAGGUUCAGUGAUGCCUGUGAAGAAGAAGAGGAAGCUCCCUGAAGCAGAUGAUAAUGAGCAAAAGUGUAAAAUUACAAGUUUCACUCGACCUCAAAUCCGCGGUGCCAGGCCAAUCACUGAGAAGCUGUUCUCCAUUAAGAAGUGCCUGGCCUGGUUCAACGAGUACGCUGGCCCUGACAAGGUGGUAGGUCCAGAGGCCAUGGAGAAAUUCUGUAAAGACAUUGGUGUGGAACCAGAGAAUAUUAUCAUGUUAGUUUUAGCCUGGCAUCUAGAAGCUGCAAGUAUGGGGUUCUUCACAAAAGAUGAGUGGCUCAGGGGAAUGACGUUAUUACAGUGUGACUGUACAGAGAGGUUACAGAGCAAGCUGGAUUACCUGCGUGCUGAGCUCAACGACUCUGUAGUCUUCAAAAACAUCUACAGAUAUGCCUUUGACUUCGCCAGAGAUAAGGACCAGAGAAGUUUGGACAUGGACACGGCCAAAUCCAUGCUGGCAUUGCUGCUGGGGAGAACGUGGCCUCUCUUUCCAGUCUUCCAGCAGUUCCUGGAGCAGUCCAAGUACAAGGGGAUGAAUAAGGACCAGUGGUAUAACGUUCUGGAGUUCAGCAGGACCAUCAACACAGACCUCAGUAACUACGAUGAAGAUGGAGCUUGGCCAGUGCUACUAGAUGAGUUUGUGGAGUGGCAGAAAGGUUGGUCUGCAUCAUAGCUAACAACGUCACAAAAACAGGAGAAAGAGGGAGAGAAAACAGAAAACCAAGAAGACGGGAUAAAUCAGAAAAAGGAAAAACUGCGGUUUCAGAUAUAACCAACACUUCAAUGGACUCCAACAAUUCUCACACACACACACAUAACUAUGGACUACAGAAUCAUCCCUACGGACUCGGGGUACACUCACAUCCCAUCAGAGAUUGUCUCUGCGAAAUGUCAGACAACUGUGGUCAAGUGGCCUUUCUCUCACGGAGUAGACUUUUUAUAGUGUUAAUUUGAAGAGAAGAAAACGUGGGGGAGAAAGUUCUACAAGAAGAAUACAAAAACAAAUGAACUGAGAGAAGAGCUGCGGAAUUUAUGUUUUCUUGAUUAAUUUUUUUUUUUUCCCCAUUUUGUGUCUUGUUUGUAGAAGUUUUCACAGUAAUAAAAAAGAAACGAAAGUAA